CAUCAGCUCUGCAAAAAAAAUCACCGACGGUUUGCUUCUAACAGUGGGGUAGGCCAUUUUACCCUGACGCCGCAUAUUAAAUUAAUUGUCUCUUCAUAUGUAUUCGCAUCGAAUGCAUCACAAAAACCCCCUUUUCGGAGUCACUUAGGUUUCCCUAUCAGCAUGGCAAAGCAAUACACUUCAGUCUAAGUUCAGCUGAGCGUCUGUGUAGAAACGAAGAACAUCGUGUCCGAGUUCUGAAUCCAGCAUGAAUCGCAAUCACUUAACGCUGUUUGGUUCGUUGCUCCUGAUAGCGAUACCCGCGUGCUGCUCAUCCACCUGCUCAGGUUUCGGUUAUGAAUUACUCUCCGGCAAGUUGGAAACGAUGGAAGCUGAAAUGUUAACCAUCGGUGAAUCAGUUAAAAAAGUGAACAAUUUGUUGAAAUCGAUGCAAUGUGCUGAAUCCGUCUACGCGUCAUGUGAUAAGGUGCCUUCGAAAGAAUCCGGAAUCUACAAAGUCAAGACGAACCUUCGCGAAGUGACCGAAGUGUUCUGCGACCAGGCAUAUGACGGUGGCGGUUGGACGGUCAUUCAAAAUCGCUUCGAUGGAUCCGUCAAUUUCUACCGGGAUUGGAGCGAGUAUAAGGACGGUUUUGGCAAUUUGGACGGAGGGGAGUUUUGGCUGGGACUGGAUGUGAUUCAUCAACUCACGUAUUCGGCACCGCACGAGCUGGUUGUGUUGCUCGAGGACUUUGACGGCAACUCAACGUAUGCCAAACUGGACCGAUUUGAGGUGGCCGGGGAGCAAUCUUCGUACAAAGUAACCCUUGCCGAUGGAUUCAGUGGACCUGCUGGAGAUUCGUUUACUGGGACCAAGGGCGCAAUGUUCAGCACAUUGGAUAGAGAUAACGAUACGUGGGGUGACAGCUGUGCAGUGACAUAUAAUGGAGCAUGGUGGUAUACAGCAUGCCAUUCAAGUAAUUUAAAUGGCAAAUAUUCAAAAGGGAAUACGACAGAAUAUGCUACUGGAAUGGUUUGGUAUACAUUUAGAGGUCAUCAUUAUGCACUGAAGUCUUCUAGGAUGAUGAUAAGAAAAAAGAAAUCAUAACAUAAAAUAAGUUUAUUGCAGUUCUCCCAUCUACGUAUUUUGUUACCUAUAAAAUAGCUAUAGUAAUACCAUAUUUACUUUGUUGUAUUCUUUUCCUUUUAUUUUUUUUUUAAUUGUGUAAAUAAAUACGCUCUAAUAUUAGUAUAAACCUAUAAACAUUGUAAAUACUUUUCCCAAUUCAUAUCAAAAA